AUGGGCGUAGAUGAAAAGAAGAAAGGAGCAGCAAGUGAUCAUCAGCAGUAUCCUCCUCCACCUGAGUAUGGAACGUUCCAAGGCGUAGCCAACUAUCCGCCGCCGCCACCGCCUCAUCAGCCACCGCCACCGCCACCGCCGACCGGAUUCCCUCAGCCGGUUCCGCCGCCUGGAGCCGCCGACCCUCCUGCUCCUCAUCCUCAGUACUACACUCAGGGAUAUCAAACUGUUCAAGGCUAUGCAGUUGCUGAAGGAAGACCAGUAAGAGAGCGCCGCCUUCCUUGCUGUGGUAUUGGCUGUGGCUGGUUCCUGUUUAUUAUUGGUUUCGUCCUUGCUACCAUCCCCUGGUAUAUUGGUGCAUUGAUCAUGCUAUGUGCCAGGAUAGACCACCGAGAGAAACCAGGAUAUAUCGCUUGUGUAGUUGGUGCUGUUCUUGCUACAAUUGCUAUCAUCCUCGGUGCAACAAAGGGAGGUAAUGCCUGGUAA